AUGGUCGUCCACGAGACUAUAUUUUUCGAUGGCAUGCUGUUGAAGAGCUCUGUUGCUAGCGCGUUCCAAGAGGACACGUCCCUCACAGGCAUUUCAUCAAACAGCCUGCGGGCGGAGACUGAUUGGCCGCACUUGACGUACAUGUCGAUCAACGAUGUUGCUACAUACAUAUCUGAGUUCAGCCCGUCCUUUAAGCACAGCCCAUGCGUGGAUUUUCCGAGAUCGAUAAAGCAUAGGUCAGCGGCGGACUUGAGAACAAAGGGGGAGAGGCCUCGGAUGAUGGCGUUGAAAAGGAGAGUGGACGGGUUUGAGGCGGAGUGGAAGACGGCGGAGGCGGACGCGAUGUUGCCGGAGCUGGCGUACAUGGCGACCAUCUUGGCGGAGAGGAAGGCGUCGGGGCGGAGGCCGCUGAGGAGAAAUCGCGCGUGGAGCUGCUGUCCUUGUUUGAGAAGGCUUGUGCCGGUGAGAGCCUGGAAAACGGCGGCGUAG